AAUUUGCAUGUCUACGAGGGCCUACUCUUUCAAACAAUGGCGUCUGGUUCUUGUCGGGAUUUAGAGCAAAUUGUGAAAGACGGACUGAGCACUCUUGUGUUUGCUUUUGGUCACAAAGUUGGGAUAAUUGAGGCCUUCAUUGAAUUAAAAAAUCCAUGCACCGCGGAAGAACUCAGUGAAAAAUCAGGCCAAAAAUUAAGGUACACACAAGAAUGGCUUGGGUGCAUGAUUUCGGCAGGUAUUGUCAAAAUUCACGAGGACGGCAAAUACUCACUUCCAUACGAGAAACCUCUCCUGAAGAGAUGGGGUCAUGCUGCCAGCGUGAUCCCGGUAUUUAGCGAGAUGUUUCCUCAGCUGGAGAAUGUCAUGACAAAAGAUGGACCAAAAGGUUACGGGUACUUUGAUUCAUUUCUCACGUGGAUGGAUACAUACCGCACAACAGAAGUUUUUCAAGAAUGGAACAAAAUUCAUCUCAUUCCUAUAUUAAGCUUUAGAAAAGGGACCGAAUUUACACUGUUAGAUAUUGGUUGUGGCUGUGGUCAGCAUAUAAGAGAGACAGCUAAACUGUAUCCUAACUGUACGUUUUACGGUAUCGACUCGGAUAAAUCCUCCAUAGAUCGAGCAAUCGAAGAUCUAAAACACUGUGACCAGAAUAACAUCAUCUAUACCCAUAUGAGAGGGGAACAACUCCCACAGGACUGGAGUGAAAAGUUUGAUUUUGUCUUAAUGAACGAAGUACUUCAUGUUGCGUCCGACGUCAAAGGAAUUCUUAAAGAGACGAAGAGAGUCCUAAAACCAGAUGGUUAUGGAAUAACGUACGACCCCCCAGUGUCCUCAGACCCCCAAAAGCAAGCUAACAAUCCUACAGCACAGUUAUUUUUUCCUUUUGGUCUCUUUACUUGUCUUCCCGCCUGUUUAUCGGAUCCUUCGGGUGAAGGACGCGGAGUCGGCUGGGGUUACGAGCGCAAGAAACAAGAAAUAGAAGAACAUGGAUUUCGAGUGAUAAAGAUUGGCGAAAAAGAUACUGAAGCAGUGCAAGCUGGCAUUAUUUUCCAAAAGUGAUUUUUCAAAAUUACUGCCAUAUUUUUGCAAUACAGACUACUAAACUUAAAGAAAACGUAAUGUUUUUCCUGAAUUAUAUUUUAGUAUUUUAUCUAGCCUCAAAACUGUAGUUUUCUGGUUGAGAAUAUUCGGACAGAUAAAAUACAUGAGUACAAGUCCAAGAAUGUAAAAAUCUUUCGAUUUACGCUGAAGCUUUUUUUUAUUUUUGUCGCUCGCUUCGGAUUUUAAAUACGUCUAUCAAAGGAAGCACAUGCCGGGAAAAUCUUAAAGAUUUUUUAAAGGGGGGACACAUUUCUCCAUAUAUAUUAUCCAUAUUGUCUUUAAAAGAAGGCAAUGUGAGUAUAAAAUGAAAUUAGAUAUAAACUCGGGUGUGUUAUAUGUAUAAUUAUUAUGACCCCAACAAGUACGUCGGAAUGCGAAUUUUUAAAACUGACAAUUCAAGGCCGCUCAGGGUUGUUUGUAAAUAAAGUAAUACGAUUUUGAGUAAAAUGUUUGGUUAAUUUACGGAUUCCAUGCGUUUUGGCGAGAGAACGAAUAUAUGUACAUGUAUAACACAAAAAAUAAAACCGAAGCUAGCGACAAAACAGCGGCGGCGUAAAUUGAAGGUUUUAACAAUUCUUUGAUAUGGGUGAAUUAAAAAAAAAUGACCACCAAACUGAAUUUUUUUGGCAAAAUUCAACUACUUAUAACAUAUUUUUCACUUAUAUCAUCAUAUUGCAAAUGCAUUCUAGUUUAAAAUCCUGAAGUGGCAAUAGAAUAGACAAUUGGUUUAAAAAGUUUCAGAAUUUCUAUGAGUAAAAUUUCUUUUGAAAAAAUAAAAUAUCAUUACACCUUAAAAGACUUUCUAAAAUACAUAAUCACAAGAAAUUAUAGUUUUUUAUGCUUCAAAAUGGUAAAAUGGGUAUAAAUGAUUAAAUCUAGAGCUUGAAUGAGUAUCUUCUCUUCUACAUGUGACAAAAAAUUGGCUUUUUGAUUGUUAUUUUACAUUAUUUUUUCAAUUCUGGUUUGAAAAGUUUUAAUUUGAAAAAAAUAUGAAAAAAAUAUGAAGCAAUAAAAUUCCCCAAAAUUCACUUUUUUGUCCAUUCAAGUCAACUCUUUAAAUCUAAGCCAAAAAAGAAUUGUUAUAUACGAGUUCUCUUACAAAAAAUACUAGAUUUUGAAGUGACCCUAUGUUACAUUAUUGUGUUGCACUCCUGACAUCUGAUAUGUAUUUUAUUUAACAUUGUUUUAAAAAUUAUAACACACAAUAACCCAUUCUUACUUUGUGAAUCAAUCUGUCGUGUUGAUAUUUUUCAUCGUUUACAGCAGGUUUUUCAUAUUUUGAAGACACCUUAAAACAUGAUUAUUUGCAAAGUGUAAUAUAUAUAAAUUUUAUUCAAAAUAUAUGUGAAAUGAUGAAAACUAUUCCCUGAAUUGAUUGUAAAAUUUUUCUAAUUUGUUGAUAGACAUAGUGUUUUGAACAUCAAAUAGUAUCAAGCAUUUUUUUCAACUUAUUUUUUAGUAAAGGUAGUUAAAAAGCAUCAGUAAUUAUAAAGCAGUUUUUUUGUACUCCUGACUGCAGUAAAGUUUAAAAUUAAAACCAUAGAACACAAAAAUUCAUAAAGAGUUGGCAACAUCAAGUGGUAAUGAAAUUGUGCAAUACUUAUAGUCCAAUACUUCAUAAUUAAAACAGAUGAUAGUAUUUAAAGUUCGCAUUUUAUCUGGAAUUAUACCCUAUUUUAUGCCAAAAAACUAGCUUAAAUGUAUAUUUAGAAGAUAAAAUAUAUUUUAAAGCAUAUUUUUCUUUAGAGGACAAACACAGUAACCCACCAGAAAAAUUCUACUCAUCAUUUUUUCUUUAUUUUUAUUCUUAGUGGAUGAUUUAUAAUUCUGACAUUUUUGUUGCACUCCUGACCAAAAGCAUUGGGGACUUUAAAGUAGAAUUGUGAAGUGAAAAUUACAUAAGAACUUGUUCUGUUGUUUCAGUGAAGUUGAGGAGGAAUUACUUGAAUUUAAUGACAAUGUUUUAGUGUGUUUAUUUUUAACGUUCAUUGAAAAAAAUCACAAAAAAGAUAAAAACACAUCCGAAUUGAUAAAAUUGAAAAAGGAAGGAUUUUAAUAAUAAAACUAUCAAUAAUUUAGCAUUAAAUUAUACAAAAAGAUCAUUAUUAAUUAAUGAAUACCUCUAAGCAUGAAUAGAAGUCUUUUCGACACACAACUUGAAUCUUUAAAAAAAUAUGUUGCACUCCUGACCAUAGAAAUAUGGAUCUGAAGCACAGACAGAUCCUGUAAUUGAUAAAUCUAUUUGGUAAAAAUGUUCUUUGUGUCUUUAUUUUCCAAAAUAAAAAUCAGAAAAUUAUAUAAUGACAAUAGUUUUUUCAUGCUUGGGAGCAAAACAUCAAAUGUUUGCCUCCUGACAUUUUUGGAUAUGCACAUGUACUUGACUCUCAUUAAUGCUGCUUGUGAUUUAUAUAACAUUUUUAAGUUUUAAAAUGUAUAUCAGUUAUUAUUUUACACUUCCAAAAUUCUUUUUUGUCUUAAUUUUCUAUCAGAAUUUUACAAUUGAUGUUUUUUUGGCAACACUACAUUUUUAUCUGUUGCACUCCUGACAUGAUACAACAUUUUUUUAAACAUCAGUCAUGACUACAACUUUAUUAAACAAAAGUUAUGACAGUCCACAUUUAAAGCUAAAUACUUUGAAUAUUAUCAGGAAAGUCUUUAUUUUCAACACGAAGCAUUGUUUUUUUAUUUCACAGUUCUCCAAAAAAUAUUGAAAUUUCAAAAUGUCACAAAAAGGUGUUGCACUCCUGACAAUUUUAGCAUCAUUUUUGGGCAUAACAUUUUUGUUAAUUGAGAUAUCAACGAGAUAUUUGGUAGGUAUUUAGACACUAUCUAAAGACAUAUGCUGAGACUUAGAAAUCUAUUUUUAUUGCCUGUAUUUUUAGUGUGGAUUGAUAAAUAUGCGUUUGGUCAUUUUUUUUUUAAUUCACCCAUAUCUAGCUCUCUAUCUUGUCUGUCCGAAUUUCUCAACCAGAGAGGUACAGUUAUGCAGCUAUAUUUUAUCCGGUUUGUAGCUCUUCUUAGCCAGAUUAAAGGGUCAAGGAGAUAAUGAUUUUAUAAUCUGUGCGGUUAAUGUAAACUUUUUUGUGAAGAUGUACCUUGUAUCAUAAUAUUUUGGUCAAUUUUUAUCACUCUUUUUCACAAAAUAUUCUUUGACCAAGAACUUUCAUUAUAAAUUAAAGAAUCUAACUCUUAA